AUGGGAAACGAGCAUUCUAGAAGUUAUAAAGGUGAUCCCCUCUUUUCCAACUUUUCAAAAUUUCUCAAGCUAAUAACAAUCUCCGCCGGUUCCAUCCUAUUUUGUGAAUGUAUUUUGUAAACAAAACACUCAUUGUCAGGUGAAAAGAAAGAUGAACAGAUCAUUUGUUGAUUGGUCAAAACAAAACAAUUGAGGGAUAAUGUCAAUAGAGUCUCUCCAAUUCCCUCUCUUUAAACCAGAAAUUUGUUGUGAUCCAGGUCCUUCCUAUUUACGGAUCCAAUCCUCUUCUGAAGCUCUCUAAACAACCACCUUGAGUGAGGGAGGAAGAGCCGGCUUUCUCUCUCUCUCUCUCUCUCGAUUGGUAAGAGAGUCAAUGACGUGACUGACGGACGAUGAGCUUUGCCUCCCCAGCCUUUAUUUUUCUCGUUUGCGACUGGCGACGAGCCCAGCCCCUUAUCCUCCUGUCCCCAGUCAGCACCAAAGUCCUGUGACUUUUGAGGUGACCAUUCACGAGACCAAACGACUCGACUUCCCUUCCGUCCGUCUCUCUCUCUCUCUUUAUCCUGCGGCUCAUUGUUCAUUUCGACUUGAAAAACAUUAGAAGACAUCUGGCAACCAGCACAAGGCUAGCCGCUGUUAUUAUUGUUAUUAUUAUUUCAACACCCAUUCCCUUCGCUCAUUUCGCCAGCGUCAAUGGUGCAACUGGCCGAGUUCCAAAGGGCUUACUCGGAAGACCGGGUCUCCCCGGAUCGUAGUCUGUCCCGGUACACCCCGCCAUCUUCGUAUUCAAGACCCAGCUCUUCACGUUUAUCCCCUUUCGUCGGAUCCUACUCGAAUUGCAAUUCCAUCGAUGAGCUCUGCGACAGAUUCACCAGAUAUCAUCGACAAGUCAGAGGUACCUCUCACAUAAAAAUUGUGUGCACCCAUUCACUUUGCUCGUGACAUAUCAUCAUCAAAGAAUCUUCGCUCUGCUCCCAAAGUUCAUCGUGCUCGUGUGUUUUUCAAUCCUUUUUCACAAAUCAGCUGUCUCCUCGCGGGUGAUUCGUGAUUAGUUCUUCCCGUGCACUUACUACUCACAUGUCUCUGCCUUAACAAAACACAAAACACCUGUCUUUAGUUUUACCCAAAACCCUGUUGGAAACGGCACGUCACUUCACUUCCGAGCCGACCCAAAUUCACAGUGUAAUGACGGGGGAGCAAAACGUUCGAAAAUCUCCUUGAGUAGGAAAAAGAGAGGGAUGCGGCAACAGCAGCAGCAGCAAGGUUGUUGGAGUGAAAUGGAGAAAGUGGAGAAAGACGGAUAGAUUUUCACAUGUGGAAACCAACCUUUUCAACCCACCUUUGCCACCAUCGUUCCGAGGGGAACUCGCAUGACACACCUCCGAUGGCCGAAGUCUCACGGCAUUGCGUUUUCUAGGCCACCGGCAAAAUUUUAAAUCUUUUUCACACGGGAAUAGUUUUCUUUUGAGCAAAAACUGCAGAAAUUAAGUAUUUCAAUAUCCGGAGUAAUAUAAUACAGAUUUUUUGGUCAAAUUCCGCACCUAAUCAGCCGUCAUCUUGCAUAAAACAUUCAUUUCUUUUGCAGAUAUGGUUAGCACCUUUGGAAAUGUACAAAUCGACGACGAAACAAGAGACAUGAUCAAUCAAGCUUCGUCCGGAUCCAGACCAUCGCUGCAAUUCCAUUACAUUCACGGAGCCAAUGUGGUCAUCAUGAAAAGUGAGUUUCUAGAAAUUUGGAAAAAAAGCAAUGGAAAAUGUUCAGAUGGCAAAUUGGCGAAGCGUCGUGAGAGCUUCUGCAAAGGACUUGCCUUUUCAAACAGGUAACACUUCCAUUAAAUUGUAGAAGUUCUAAAAAAAAACAUGUUUUUUUCAGACCGAUCGAUAUCGAUGAGAACAUUUGUCUCCGUUUGUGCGAAGUGGCGACGAAUUGGUCAGGAGUGCUCAGAUUCGGAGUGACCAACGACGAUCCAGACACAUAUCGCGAUGUUCCAGUACCAACUUUUGCCUGCCCGGAUCUCACCACAAAAGACGGAUAUUGGGCGAAGGCGCUGCCAGAAAGAUACUCGAACGAAGGCAACAUUCUGCACUUUUAUGUCAACGGAGCCGGAGAACUGUUCUAUGGUAUCAAUGGAUCUCAGAAGGUUUGUAACUUAACUAACUUAUAGGCAAAAAUGAACGUUUUUUGCAGGGUAUGUUUCUGACUGGAAUCAAUGUGCACCGACCGAUGUGGCUUAUACUCGACAUAUAUGGAAAUUCCGUCGCUGUGGAAAUUAUGGGUGAGUUUUCAGUUUGCAAAAGAAAACAUCUUUAAAACAAAGCAAUGACAUCAUUUUCUCAAAAGAUUGAGCAUGUUGACCACUGCCAAUGAGCACGGUUGUCCAUGCGAAGGCCGAUAGUGGGGACCGGUUUCUGCGGAUGGCCGCCUGUUUGUACGCAUGAUUCAUUUCGAAGCCAAACAUUCGGCCCUCUUUCCUCUCUAAAUCCCUCUUUCGCAUACCACUUUCACUUCCUUUACGAUUUGUUCUAAAAAUCCAUCUAUUUCUGCGUCGUACAGUUGUAGCCUCCCAAAACUGAAUUAUCAAGUUGAGGCAUCUACUUGUACAAACAAAACUUUUGUCUUUUUGUUUCCCAUACGGUUCGGUCUCUCUGUGUUCGUAAACAAUCGGCUGAGUACGUGUACUCGGCAGACAGUGCAUUCACAUUGAUUCAUCUUUUUUUUGCUGCUGCCAAAUUGACUUGAUCUGUACAACAUAGUGCGUGUGCUUAUCACUGAACAUUCAAUAGACAAUGAGUGCACUAGAACAGAAAUUGAGACUCUGUGAGUGUUAUCAUCAAACUUUUUCCGUAAAUGACGUCACAAUUCUUUAGAUGCUGCCGACUUCCGACCGAGAAGAAGUGCCCCGCCGCCUCCGACGCUUCCAGCUCCGCCACGUCCUGUCACAGUCGUCACGCCGCCGCCGCCGACGUCCUCAGAAAGCGCACUGGCGUCUAGAACCGAUGACUCAGGUAGGUCAAUACCCAUUUUGUGGUUGAGGUGGAAAUUAGGAUAAGACGUUUUCGAGGGAGUGAUUCAUUUCGUUGUGAAUCAUUCAGUCUCUUUGGCGAAAAGACUGCAAGAUUCUGAGCGGAGAUUGUUUCAUGAUGACCGAUGAAAUGGGUACAGUCUUUUCCAUGACGUCAUUCAGAUGGUUUGAUCUCAUUCAGAAACUUAUUUCAGGCAUCUGCCCACUCCGCUUUCAUGCUGUCAAAGGUCGUCAUAUCACGUUGAACCCGUUCCGUAACAUUGCCACACGUGAUCAGGCGGAAUACUCGCAAGGCUACGUUUUCACAGAGAGACCGAUCAAAAACAAUGAGAAAGUGAUGAUUAUGGUGAGCAGCUGACUGCCGACUUAUCUGUUGAUUGAAAAAAAUUUGCAGGUAAAUCAGGUGCAACGGCUCUACGAAGGAGGACUGGCAUUUGGAGUGACAUGCUGCGAUCCGCUCACGAUUCGGACCGCCGAACUUCCGGAUGACUCGUCCGAUUUGGUCGAAAUGCCGCAGUAUUGGGUGGGCAUCAAGGACAUUGCUCUGCAGCCAAAAGCCAACAGCCUUUUGUCGUUCUGGAUCACGGAUUCCGGAGAAGUCAAGUUUGAAGUCGACGACAAGGGCGCGCGCACGUGUCUUCACGUCGACAACUCGUUAGAGCUCUAUAUGUACUUUGAUGUCUACGGAUCCACGCUCGCCAUCAAAAUGCUCGGAUGUGUCGCCGUCUCCAGAUCUCAUUCUCCAGCGGCCAGAGACAGAGAACGCACUAGAAAUGAUCAGCCACUAUCGAUUCCAAGACGUCCGGCUCGUAUUGCUUCCGGAUCGGAUACGACUCUCGCCCCGGCAUUGCCGGCCAGAAACCCACCGCCGAUUCCACAAAGUCCGUUGAGAGUGAAUAGUAAGUUAUUAGAAAGUGAGGCGAGUGACUAACAAUAUUUAUUUUCAGUCCGUGACUCUACCGAAGGCUCUUCCAGCACCUCGUCAAUUCCAGCCAGACAGGCCAUCGAUGAACUCAUUGGCGCUUUCGUUCCAGUGACCCCUCCACCAGUGGCUCCACGGGUAAAGAAAUUGGCCGCUGAUAACUGUGUGUUAAUGAAUCGAUUCCAGACAAAUCUCCCGUCGACCUCUUCCUCCGCCGCUCCGUCUGUCCGUUUGCCCGCUAGACCGAACAAAUCAACGCCUCCGCCGGCAUUCAGCCCUCCACCACUGCCGAAGACGUUCAAGAAGCAGAAGGACAACGACGAAGGAUCUGCUGAGGAAGACGAGUGCACUGUAAGUCGUUUUUCUAAAAAAAUUUGAGGAAACUUUGGAAGAGAGAAAAUUCUGCAAAUAACUUGUUCAAAGUUUGAUAUAGUCGAGCGAACCUGAUUCGAAAACGCCAAAGAAAAAAAAAAGCUGCUGCCCGUUUUUGGGUCAGUUCGAGAAUAAAAUGUAAAUUUCAGAUCUGUAUGGACGCCCCUGUCAACUCCGUACUGUACACGUGCGGACACAUGUGCAUGUGCUACGACUGUGGGAACCGCCUUCUGAACACCAAGGGAACGUGCCCGAUCUGCCGCGCUCCCGUUCAGGAUGUCAUCAAAACAUACAAAUCGUGA